AUCUUCCUUGACAUCGUGAUGUCUUCAGAGACGCCGAACUCUUCAGGAUGGCACUCUAUACGACCUUGGAUUCCACCUUUGACUCUCUCAGUGCGUGAGAUUACUCCCGUAUCGGUUACCUUCAUAUUGUCUGCAACAAGCUCGGGAGACACGGAUCCGCUGCUGGCUUGCCUUGGUAUCGAAAACCAAGAAGCGGACGACGGAGUGGAAAUAGAUGAGAACGAGUCGAAGAAAUCCUCCAUUGUUUCCGCUGCGUUGGCUGGGGGUCUCUCCGUCGAAGUUGAUCGUUCUGCGUGGCGAAGGGUGUUCAUUCGAAUCGACGACAAGGCCGAUGAGGCAGUCAUUAUCAUAUAUGGCCUGAUGCCUGGUCGGCAGUAUGAUGUUGACCUUGAACUGGUUCAAGGCGGCCAUAAAAACAACAUCCGUCGCCGAGUCGUAACCGAACUCGGAGAUUCCUCAAUAGGCCUUGAUGGCACUGAUGAGAACCCUGAAUCAUCAGCUUUAGACUCUUCAGUGGGCUCUCUAGAGCCAGCGCUUUCCUCCCCGUCCACUUCUUCCCCAAGCACACCACCUUCCAAUCAGCACUCGUCUCCAGGAUUCACUCCCUUAACACUCGAGGAUAGGUUAAACCAGCUGCAGCAUACCUUGAAUAUCAUGACCACCGAACGCGAAACUCUUUUAGCCACCCUUAAGACAGGUCGUCGUGACGCCCAAAAGGCAGACGCAAACGUGCGGUCGGAAAUUGAAGCCUUGAAGCGUUCCUCGGAAAAAACAGCAGCAGCCGAACAUCGUGCAAGACAAAAGGUACUUGCCCUGCAGGAGACUGUCAAGCGUGCGCAGCUCUCAACGAGGGAAAUGGAGGGCCAUGUUAAAGAGGUCGAGGAGGGGCUCCCUGAUCUGCAGGCACAGAGAGAUUUACAGGAGGAAGAGUACUUGAAGGUCAAAGGAUAUGCGGACCGUGCAAGAAAAGCAAAAGAAUCCGAGGAGGAGAAGCAGCGAAAGCGUGUCGAGCUGAUGACUGGAGAGCUCAAUGGAUUGAAUAACAAGCUGGAAAGGCUCCAAGCGAGGAAGGAGAAACUGGAAACAUCCAUUAUACCUGACCUGGAGGAAGAACUAAAAGCCAUCGAGCUCGAGAUUGAGAACACCGAAUCAGGUUCUUUUGGAUACUUUUUCGGUCCUGACAGUCAGCAUCUGGACGAUGAUCCUAUGCUUCUUCGUUCUCAUCAGACUAGCUCAUUUCCCCGACCUUCGCCUGCACCAAUACAGCGACCCCAGGGUACUUGGAGUAGUCCGCCUCGACAAGCCCAGCGCUCGUCUUCUCUACAUUACCAGAAAACGCCAACAGUGCUUUCCAAUCCUCAUCGUCAGUCUUCUCUCAAGGCCACACAUCAUUCGAAUUCCAGUUCCUCGUCAUCUUCGCCGCUACCUGCAGCUACGUCAACACUUUCAAGUCGUGCACCACCAUUUGAGCCUGGGAAGCCGCUGAGAGCGGCUAUAUGGGCUGGAAGCGCUACUUCCCAAGACAAUCGUGGUGGAUAAGUUUGGGACGUGUGAAGAGUUUCAUCCAACCACAGGCGCCACCGCCUUGUGGAAACUGUGGCGUCGGAAGAAGGACCGGCCCAAGAGGUAGCGGCUCCUUUCUAUGCAAAUACGGUAAUACCCCACUACUAGAGCUAAGCUCGACGAUCGGUUUGUUGAGCCAGAAUUGCUUUAGGCGUGCCGUACAACAUGUACAUGAGCUAAUGUGCAAUCUAUAUGGAGGGCUUCCUUGUUGUCCUUCUUCUCUAUCGUC